CUUUUACUUUAUUAAAUGAAGAAUCAUUUCCAAAAUUUAUGCUUCGUAUGCAUCAAGCCACAUAUGGCUUAGCAAAUCUUCUUGGUAUUUCCACAAUUACUUUUACAGAAAUUUAUGGUGGGAAUGGUAUUUGCUCAAAUAAUUUCAGAAAUAAAGAGAUUCAAGUUAAAGAAAUUGAGUACUAUGAACAUUCAGGAUUGAUACCUAAGGAAGAAGGUAAAUAUGAUGAAUUUUUUAAACCUGGACUAAAAGAUAGAAAAAAUAUUCCAGUAGUAUGUUCAGGUCCUCUAGGGUAUAAAGAAAUUGACAUUACUUUAGGUAAGUAUCUAGUUCUGAUUGCACGAAGAACUCAUUCAGUUGAUGCAUUAACACCACAUGGUGAUGAGCAAUAUAAGUAUAGUUUAGCUUUAGAGUCUGGGCAUCCAAUCCAUACAAAUUCAACAGGAGAAAUUGACAUAAAUAUUCUUAAGAAUGAAGCAAAAAAAACUUUAAGAGGAUGUGAACGAUUUAUCCUUAUUUCUCCAAAAACUUUCAUAGGUAACAGAACAGAGAUCCCAGAGAAUUGUGCUGUUGUAGCUGGGGAGGAUUUACUUGACUUUAUUAGUCCUUAUGCAAUUCUCACUGGAAACAUUGCAACCAAUGUACAAUUUUUAUAAC